GUCGCGACGCACAGACACCACUCCGCCACCAAGAUGGCCGCCGCCGCCCCUUCACCUGCGGGUCAUGUGCUGAGUUCUGUCUAGCCGGGGCAGCUCGCGCUCUAUGACCGCCGGGAGGAAGGCGGAACGUCUGUGUGCUAUCGCUCGCCUCGCCCACCAAGUCUGGCCGAUGAGAUGGCGGCGGUGCGGGGACUCCGGGUGUUGGUGAAGUCGGCGGCGGCUGGAGUUGUGAACGAGCCGGAGCCCAUGGAGGUAGAAGAGGGAGAAGUAGAGGCCGUUCCGGACGCCAUUCAGGACGCCGUUCAGGAGGCAGCUCAAGACGUCGCUCAGGACGUACCUCAGGACGUACAGGAAGGCAGCUCCCCCCGGGAGGUGGUGUCGGUGUGUGAGGAUAACAUCAGGAGGUAUGAAAAUAAAGCUGGGACCUUUAUCACUGGCAUUGAUGUCACUUCCAAGGAAGCCAUUGAGAAAAAAGAACAGAGAGCAAAGAGGUUUCAUUUUCGUGCAGAAGUCAGUGACAAUCAGAGGAAUGUCGUACUGGAUAGAGACAUGAUGAGAAAAGCACUCCCGAAACUCCGCCUGGAAACCCUACAUGUCGUGGGUGUGGAUGACCUGAGCACAGAGGACAUAUUUACUUUCUUUAAGCAGUAUCCGCCAGGCUACAUCGAAUGGUUGGAUGAUACUUCCUGCAAUGUGGUCUGGCUUGAUGAAGUGACUGCAGCUCGUGCACUGCUAAAUCUGACCACUAUGCCAGUAGAUACGAAGGAUAAAAAAGAUGAAGAAAGCACCUCUACAAAAUCCAAAGCAGAUCGAUUCAAUGACAGCUCUGGCGAUGAAACUGAAGAAGGUGAAGUGGAUGAAGAUAAUCCUAGUGAUGCUGAAAAAGAGCCCAACAAAAUCACCUUGAAUACAAUGGAUACUCUGUCUGAGGCAGAACAAGAGUCUUUAAUGAGAAAUGAUCUUCGUCCCGCCAUGAAAUUGUUCAAGGAAAACCAGUUGCAAAUGAGAUAUGCUUACAAAGAUGACAAGAAAGAACUUGGAGCGUCACGGAAAAGUCAGUACUACAUGAAGUACGGAAAUCCAAACUAUGGUGGCAUGAAAGGAAUCCUUAGCAACUCCUGGAAGAGAAGGUACAAUUCUCGCCGUGUCCAGCGAGAUGUCACGAAGAAAGGGACAUUUAUUGGAGAUGAUGCCCCUGCAUACCAGCACCUUCAUUCAGGCCUGGUGAAUGUUCCAGAGGAGCCAAUAGAAGAGGAGGAGGAGGAUGAAGAGGAUAUGGAUGAGGAUGACCGUGUAGUGGUGGAAUACAGAGAUGAACUGCAAGCCUUUAAAAGAGAAAGGGAGGGGGCACGGCGCUCUGCAGCCAGCACUUCAGAAGACUCUGAUGAAAUGGACUAUGACUUGGAGCUGAAAAUGAUCUCUACACCCUCUCCAAAAAAAAGCAUGAAGAUGACCAUGUACGCUGAUGAGGUAGAAUCACAGCUGAAGACUAUCAGGCACUCAAUGAGAUCUGACUCUGGAAGCAGUGUGAAAAAUCGUAUUGGUAGUAAAUCCCAUUCUGAGAAGCCUGCAGAUAUCCGAUUGUUACUUGAGGAGAAAAGGCAGAGUACAGCAAGCAGACAGACUGGAACAGGAACUGGCACAGGGACAGCAACUGGAACAAAAUCUGAUGUGCGGCAGAGGCUUGGAAAAAGACCACAUUCGCCAGAAGUCAGAAAAGUGUCAAGUCACAUUCCUACACCUCGCAGAGAACCCGUAUCUGACGUGCAUAGUCGGCUGGGUUUGCCAAAACAAUUGGAAGGAAAAGGUCUUUAUUCUGACACCAAGGAAAAGAAAACAGGGGGCUUAUGGAAUCGUUUGGGAACAGCACCAAAAGAAAAGGAGCGAGCAGCAGAGAAGGAAGAAAAGAGCAGUGCGGCCCCAGAAGAGGACGACUCUGUACUACAGCAGGCCUGGGGAGCCUUAAUAAAGGAGAAGGAAGAGAUCCGACAGAAGAAGAGCCGCUUGGACAACCUCCCUUCCUUACAGAUUGAAAUUAGCCGGGAAAGCAGUUCUGGUUCGGACACUGACUCCUGAUGACAGAUCCACAGAUCUUGGGACAAUGGCUUCCAGUAGCAUGGCAGCAACUUGACAAUGUGCUGCCCCUUGCCUUUCACACAGUAAUUGUUUUAUACCGACGUUGAGACACCAUUAGUGGCUGCAGUGCUCUCAACAAGCCUAUCAGAAAUUCAUGUGUUGGGUUACUGGGGAUUAAACAAUGUGUAUUGGUUAUUA